CUUUGAUCUGCGUGAACCACGUUUCGCGUAGAUCUUGCCGAUCAGGCACGUUGUCGGUCUCUGAUUAUUGUACCUAUCGAAAGAAUCUCGCUCAAUGUGAAAACGAAAAUAAUCUUGAGGGAAUACACAAGGAAGGAAAGGUUGGAUAAGUGAGAGAUCUUGUGGAAAAAUCGAUAUCAAGUGCCGAGAUUUUUUUAUCACAUUUCGACUGAGGAAAAUGGUACUUUUUAAAGAUUGAUCGAUUAAAUACAAGCGAGCAUGUGUAUAUGUGUGUGCAUGUGCGUGCAUAGAUUCUUCAUAAUCAAUUAACUAUUGUAUUCGGUGUUCAAUAAUUCACUAAUUCACAAAAGACAACUGAUCGUGCACUGUACCAUAACGAGGAUCUACGGAUUUCCGAUACAGUCCACGUGUUUCGGACUAUAGGAUCUGGUAGGAAUUUCCGGAUGACUUAAUGCUUUCACGGACAUCGAAUGAUUAAUGAUACGUGCAUUCGUGCGAAGACAUCAUUGAAAAAAUCGGUGCGAUGGUGAGAGUGCAAGAUAAUGAUAUAAUAGGUGAAAUCUAUUAUCGGAGAAACAACCGAUAUAAUACAUCGCUAGUAUCAAUUCAAUAAUUCUUAAGAGCUUUUCUUGGAUUUAUCUGAUUAACUUCGCAAAACUGGCUAAACAAACUAAGAAGAGACAAGAGAGAAAUAGAGAAAAAGCUGACUGAAAUCCUCAAUUAAAACCGGCAUUGAUCAUCAAGUAAAUAACUCCCGCGUUACAUGGAAGACUUAUCGGCGAGUGCAACCAGGGUGUGACAAGAUAAAUGCGCGAUCUAAUAUGAUAUCGAAUGACGAAAGAGGAGCGGAAGAAGCUUGUCUCGCUUAAAUGUCGCCGCGACAAAUACUGCACAUCGUAAUUAUAGGUGCAUCCGGAGCAAGGUCGAAUUAUCAUUUCCAUUUUCAAAGUCCAGUAACUGAUAAAUUCAAAGUUCGAUUAUGCUCAAUGCAAAGUGCUUGACGAGCAUUGAUUUAAAGAUUGAUACGAUAUAAAUUUCGAGUACAUUCUCGAUAAUCGACACUCGAUAGACUUUGAUAAGAUGCAACUACUGUCCAGGAUGGGACUCAUUUGUAUCUAUGUCUUUUUCGUGUAUUUAUUAACACCAAUUGCGUGCACCAGUGACGCGAUACCCAUCAUAUAUUCUAUCCCAUUGCAAAAUGAAACCACAAUGCCGGAGGAAUACAAGCAUUUACCGUUAGUGGGAAAAUGUUGCUCCAUAGACGAAGUCCUCAUAAAAGAUACGCACGGGAAUACCGUUUGUGCUCCUUCGAAUGACUCGUCGACGUAUUUUUCGCCUCUCUUCAGCGACUUCAAUCGUACCGGCGCGCUGGUGCCCGGUGAUAAAUAUGAGACAUUCACCGCUCUCGUGGGAAAUCCCUGCAAUCAGAGGUACAUGCUACAACCGGAGGAAAGCAAUGAUGAUGAGUAUUAUUUAUUGAUGAAUGGUUCCAUUUUCGCGCCGCGACUCGAUCAUGUACCGAUUAUGUUGAUGCCCGGUAAGAACUAUUGCAUGGAGACUGUGCCUUCGCUGGGACUUCGAACAUUUGUCUGUUUUCAAGAUGUUCCACCACCGACCACGGAUGCACGAGUCAUUAUUUAUGCCUGCGGGCUCCUGAUCUCGGUUCCUUUUCUGAUACUUACUAUUGUGGCAUACACAAUAACGCCAAGAUUGAGAGAUGUCCACGGAAAAGCCCUUUGCCUUUAUUGUGGCUGCUUGGCGCUGGCCUUUACCACUUUGGCCAUUACGCAACUCGCAAGUGGACAAUUAUCGCCUCAAGCCUGCGUUAGUAUAGCAUUCGUCAUCCAAUUCUCGUUCGUGGCCUGUUUCUUCUGGUUGAACGUGAUGUGCAUCGAAACAUGGGCAUUGGUACAUCACCAUGUGAAUCAGCGCUCAUAUAGGAGAAUCCAGCCUAAAAUGCUGUUCUUCUAUUACUCGAUAUGGGCGUGGGGCUUUCCAGCGGGCCUCAUUCUCGUCUCGAUGUUAAUGGAUCUCAGUCCUACAAUACCUAUGACCUACGUUAAGCCCGCUUUUGGUAGCGAGAGCUGCUGGUUCAAAUCCGAUGCGGAGGCCCUGCCGUAUUUCUAUGUACCAGUCGGUAUUCUUCUGUUAGUGAACAUGAUCCUCUUCAUAAUCACUGCCAUCAAGAUCAACCGGUAUCAGCAAGUGCUCGCGCUGAGACGCUUGGCGAGGAAUCACCAUUCCGAUCGGGAGGAUCAAAGACUCUUCCGCAGACUUAAGCGGGUCUUCAUCGUUUGCCUUGUACUCUUCUUUUUGAUGGGUCUCAAUUGGAUGAUGGAAUUAAUUUCUUGGGGAGUUGGCGGUGAUCCUUUCGAUUGGACGGCGUUCGAUUUGGUGAACGCACUUCAGGGUGUCCUCGUCUUCGGUCUGUUCGUUCUGAGAAGGCCUAUCAGAGACUUCGUUUGGCAUAGAAUACAGAAAAUACGAGGAAUGAACACCACGGAAUUAAAUGUCGGAAGCAUGGAUCUGGCGCUAUUACCCGUAAUAAACGGCGAUAUCCCAGAGAGAUCGUAUAAUUCUUAGAAAAAGAAUAAUCUUUUUCUAAACGUGAUAAGAUAAUGCAUUUAAUGCAGGCUGAAGUGAUAUCGACUGUAAACUUAAUGCGAUCGAUAAACCGAUAAACCAAUGGACCGACAAAAGGUAAGAGCCGAGAUACACGGUCUCACGUCAAUGAGAUGAAAGUUAUUUUAAUUUCGCUGUGUGCAAUAGCAAAACGGAGCGACCUUCUCGAACGGUGACGCUCAUGAAGAGAUAUAAAAUAUCUUAUUGGUGUGAUUUCAUUGCAAAUCACUCGAAAAACUCACUCAAGUUAACUAGCCUGCGAAUUCCAAGGAACUUUCGCCUAAAGGAGAUUAUUUAUAAAUAUUUAAUUGAAUUUUUAUAAGUAAUAG